ACCAUCUCCUAUUUCCAACCUGUUCCAGCUCAUGAACCACAUCGAUGUCAAUACUAACUUUCGAUAGCGAACUUUGGACAACUUGUCUUCCCUUUCUCACUAAUCCUAUCAAUGUAGUCUUACUUGUUAUUCUAGGAUACGCAAUCAUACCACUCUUUCCUUCCUUCAAAUUUGAUGAUCUAAGGUCACCUGAAGAUGUCACUGAAAUUAAACAAGAUUUGAAGAUCGAAACUAGUCCGAUUCAAUAUAAUUGGAAGCCAGCUAAACUUCCGGAUAGUGUGGUGUGGAGAACUUAUACCCCACUCGAACUUCGGUCAUUUGAUGGAGCUAAUGGUGGAAAGAUUCUUUUUGCCAUCAACAAACUGGUUUAUGAUCUUUCUUCUGGUCGUAACUUUUAUGGUCCAGACGGCCCUUAUGGUAACUUUGCAGGCCGGGAUGCCUCACGUGGGUUAGCAAAGCAGACGUUUGAAGAGUCAAUCCUGACUCCCAUAGAUGCACCCAUUGAUGAUCUGGGUGAUCUCACUGAGCUAGAAUUGACUGCUCUCAGUGACUGGGAGAUGCAUUUCAAAGCCAAAUAUGUUAUCUGCGGUGAAUUGAUUGAAAACGCAGAACGAGCCUCACAACCUCUGUGAAACGCUGACCCAUAUUGAGGUCGUUGACCUCAAUGUAUUAUUUGUACCUGAUUCCGAUUUUGCUCAAUUCGUGUAGCAUGCCUCGAG